AUCAUCUGGCUCAUCUGUGACGUUGUGUUUACUUCAAACGCGGAAAAGCAAAUAGAAGAAAUUGCACAGCGGUCCGUUCUCUCUUCGUAUCUACAGAGUGAGGAUAUAAGCAUUUUACAUGCCAAUUCACGACAUUUCUUCACAAUAAUAGUGGCAGAAAACGUCAACUGCCCUUGACCAGGCUACAGCACAUACAGAGAUGGCAUCUGCAGGCUAUCAGGACAUUAAGAAAGAUUUCAUAAAAUGUGGAGAAACACAAGAUGCAAGGAAAUACCAAAAACAGGUGUCUGAUGCAGUGUUCAAACAUCGUCAUGCUAUUAUUGCUCUCAAGAAGCCAGAGGAAUCAAAGUGGAAGAUUGCGGGCCUGGAUGACACGUCCUACAAAGGAGAAGAGGAAAUUAAGGAGUGGCAGAACUUCUACCUACCAGACAGUGUGAAGAUGGAGGUGUUAGGAUCUGUGGAAAACCUCCGCUACCCGACAGAGAGUGGCCAGCUGGUCAUAAUGCUGUGUGAGGACCGUCAGGUGUAUGCUUAUGACGGAGAGGAGAUGCACCUGGUCGCUCUAAGCCUGGGGGAAGUCUUUGUCUCUGGGCUUCAGUACCCUGGCAUCAAGUCCUUCUACAGAGGGGAGUGCUUUAAGGACAUGACUAAAGAAGACUGGGCCAAGGUAAGACAGGGCAAAGUGGGGAGGAAACUUGAAAAGGAGCACCAGGAAUUACUGAGACAAGCCAAACCCAGCUUCCUGAGUUGUCUUGACUCCAUCAAAGGAGCAGGCCACACAGUCACAGGUGCCUGUAUCUAUCACAAACCAGUGGAACCUCCAACAGUACUUGAUGGACUUCGUACGGUUGAAAUCCUGUGAACAGGAUCCAAAUUCAAACGAAUCUCCAUUAAAAUUCCUCAAACACCAUUUUAAAGAUACACUUGUUGUUAAUCCCACCACAGUAUCCGAUUUCAAAAAGGCUUUACGACGAAAGCAUACCAUGCGAUUAUGUUAGGUGAGUGCCUAGUCACAAAAAACAGCAAUUUUUCAAGUCAAAGAGUCACAAAAAGCAGACAUAAAGAUAAAAUUAAUCACUAACCGUUGAUCUUUAUCAGAUGCACUCUUAAUAGCGUUUGGAGAUUACGUGAUAUGUUUUUAAUGUGCCAGGUAGGCUACAUCGUUUGUAAAGUGGAUUGUGCUUAAUUUUAAGAAUUGAGCUAUGAAUAUAGCAACAUGAGAAAGCUGGGAUCCUCUUUUAAAUAGUAGCCACUCAAAACUCUGUUCUCACACACGAUUGCGCAAUUACUGGGCUUAUAAGAACCCAUUUCACUAGGCUCUAGGCUAUGGGCUCUCCAACUGUGUUCCAGGGGUCUUGGGACUACAUGCUACGUUUGGAGUUAUUUGGCCACUUUAGUUGUGAAUCAACCUUAUCAAAACAUAUAUUUAAUUUUCAUGAAAUCACAAGUGCAAUAUAGCAAAACACAGCUUAGUUUGUUGUUAAUCCACCUGGCGUGUCAGAUUUAAAAAAAAAGCUUUACAGCAAAAGCUAUCCAAGCGUUUAUGUUAGGACAUCUCUCUCAGCAGACAAAAUAUUACAAACAGCUAGCAGCAAAGUAGAUUGGUCACAAAAGUCAGAAAAGCAAUCAAAUGAAUCGCUUACCUUUGAUCUUCGGAUGUUUGCACUCACGAGACUCCCAGUUACACUAUAAAUGUUCCUUUUGUUCCAUAAAAAUGAUUUUUAUAUCCAAAAUACCUCCAUUUGGUUGGCGUGUUUUGUUCAGAAAUCCACAGGCUCCAGCGGUGAUGACGGGGCAGACGAAAAUUCCAAAUAGUAUCCGUAAAGUUCUUAGAAACAUGUCAAACGUUUUUUAUAAUCAAUCCUCAGGUUGUUUUUACAAUAAAUAAUUGAUAAUAUAACGUGACUAAAUGUCACAUGGAAUUUGACUGCGGUCAUGUCUCGCGACUGCCGGUGGGCGGUAAUAUGGUUACCUUAACAGCCCCAGAUGCAAUGCAUGAUGCAUCCUUUUGGUUGUUAAUUCAAUGUGUCAAAGUUUUACUUCUAUCCUGUCCAUAUUCAAAUAAACUAGGCCUACUAAAUGUGUGAAUUAUGAAUCUUCUCUGCAUGCAGGACCAUGUCAUCAUUGUCUGAACACUUCAAGUUUUAUCUGACUGUAUAUUUACAGCAGUGGUAGAAAAUUCAGUAAACAUGUUGAUAAAACUUUGAAUGUUUAACUUUUUCCCCUCCAAAGUACGCAUGUUACCUGUUUAAACCUCUCCUGCACAUUUUUCCUGUCGCAUCACUCCUGAACCAUACCAUACUCUACAGCUCUACAGGAGUCUAUACUACCAACCAAUCACUUAAUCUGCCUCAGAAGCUCUGUGCUGGACCAAUCAUAUAUCUUGUGCACUAAUAAACAAAUAUACACAAAUUAA